UAGAAAGAAAACAAUUUCCAAAUGUUAAUAAUAAAAAUAUUAAAAAUAAAUACAAAAAUUAAUGUCUGAAAAGAAAUUACAACUCAACUAUAAAUUCAAUUUGGUAAAUAAAAAAGUAGUGCUAAAAAAAAAAUUAAUAAAGUGUGCUUGGUAAUAAAAAAUAAAAUAGUUUAUUAAAAAAUGAACUAAUUCUAUAUUGUUUAUUAAAAAAAUUACAAAUUAUAAAUCAUAUAUUUACAUAAAUGAAAUGAUAUAAAUAAUAUUUUUAUAUUAAUAAAAUAAAAUAUAACAGAAAGUCAUUUAAAGUGAAAAAUAAAAGAAAAUGAUAAAAAGCAUGAAUAAAAAAUGGUUGAAUUUCUUUUUAAAUAAAUCAAAAUUUUGUUUUAAUUUCAUUUAAAAAAUACAUAUAUAUAUAUAUAUAUAUUUACAAAUAAAACAAAAACAUUAAAAUAUUAAAAUAAUUUUAAUAAAGUGUAUAAAUGUGUGCAUUGAAAUAAAAAUUACGUUUCUGUGGGAAAUUAUAUGUGAUAAAAAAAUUUAAUGAUUUAGUUUUAAAAUAUUUAAAAAAAGAAAACCAAAAAAAAAAAUUAAAUAUCAAAACAAAUUCCUUAAUUUUCAAUUAUUUUUUUUCUUUUUCUUCAAAUUCAAAUAAGAACUCAAAAAAUACAAUUUGAGAUUUAUAAAUUAAGUAUAAGGAUAUAUUUUAUACUUGCAUAUAAGUACUAAGGAUUUCCAUUCAACUCAUAGGAAAAUUUAUUACAAAAACAAAAAAAUAAAGGAAAAAAUAAAUAUUUGGACUACAUUACAAAAAAAAAAUUUUUUUUGAAAAAUUGAUACAAAAUGGAGACAUUUUGGGAACCAAACGGACAUGCACCGCAUCCCGUUAAAUAUGAAAGUGAAGCAGCAGUAGCCGGAUUUCCAUAUUGUACAGAAUCAAGUUUAAAUUUUUCAACAUCAGGUGCACCAUACAGUGAAGAUGAUGCAGAAUAUUCAGCUGGACGUCGUAAUAAAACAUCACGGCAGGAUCCGUUAUCACAUCGUAUUAUAGAAAAAAGAAGACGUGACAGAAUGAAUUCAUGUUUAGCAGAUCUAUCAAGAUUAAUACCACCACAAUAUCAAAGGAAAGGACGUGGUCGAAUAGAAAAAACUGAAAUCAUAGAAAUGGCAAUUAGACAUUUAAAACACCUACAAAGUGAAUGUGUACAUAAAGAAUAUGAAUAUAAAUUAGGUUAUGCGGAUUGUAUGAAAGAAGCUGCAAAAUUUUUAUAUGAAAGUCAUAUGCAAGAAUGUUGUUACCGUUUGAUUGCACAUUUAGAUGAAAUUAUGAAAAGUGACUGUUUUAAGUCCCGAUGUAAUAUUGAAACUACAUCAGCGUCUAGUGGUAGUCCAGCUCAAAAUAAUCAUCAUCAAACAAAUUUAACAGUUCCAACUCCACAAUUACGUGAUAUACUUACAUCUGAUGUAGAACAUAGUAAUGAUCAUAGUGAUAUUAAAGAUUUAAGUUUUCGUAGUCAUCAUCCUGAUCUUCAUGAAAAUGAUCACCGUAGUAAUAACAAUAAUAGUAACACAAUUAAUAAUAAAAACAGUAAUUGUAAUAAUAAUAAUAAUAACAGUAGCAAUACAACAAAUCAACAUUCACAUCCAGCUCCAGUAAUAACAUCAAUAGGGCCAACAUCAAUUCAACAUGAUGAUUUUGAUUCAUCACGUGAGUUACCACAUCAUGAAAAUGGUUUAUCAUCACCACCAUCAAUAUCAUCAUCAAUAAAUAUACCGAAUGUACCCUCAAUUUUAUCAAAUAAUAAUAAUAAUAAUAAUAAUAAUAAUAAUAAUAAUAAUAAUAAUAUUAACAAUAGUAACAAUAGUAAUAACAAUAAUAAUAACAGUAAUAAUAAUACCAAUCCAACAGCAGCAUCAAUAAUACAACAUCAUCAUCAACAGCAAUCACAGCAACAACAACAACAUUAUACAGCAGAUGGUAUUUUAAAAUCAGUCCGUUUACGUAAUUUAUCUGAAUCAUCUCAUGAUAUUGAACAUAAUAACAACUACAAAUAUAAAAAUCAUAUUAAAGAACGUUUUAAUCAAGAUUCACAUUUAAAUCAUCAUGAUGAAUCAACAAGUGAUCAUAGUAUAACAAUAUCUGAAAGUCCAAUUAAUCAUCAAUUACAAAUAAAUAAUCACAAUAGUAAUGAUAUGAAACCACAAUUAACAAUUCAACAACAAAAUAUAAAACCAGAAUUACAAGAUGUUAAUAGCAUAUCAUAUAAGAAACGUAAAUUGGAUAUAAAUAAUAUACAAGAACAUCAAAAAGAAAUUAUUGAUGCAACUAUAUCAUCUAGAAAUAAUUUAAAUAAUAUACAAAAACCAGACCAUCAUAAUAAUAAUAAUUUAACAGAGGACAUUAAAGUUGAAAUAUCACAAUUAAAUUCAACAAAAUUAAUAAAUGAUAAUGGCAAUAGUAUUGGUACAAGACAAAAUUCAUCAAGGCAUUUAACAAAUUUAACAAAUGAUAGACAUUUUUCUGUACCAAUAUUUGCGUUACAUGGUCAAGGAACCUAUUAUGUACCACUAAAUAUUGAUUAUGAAUCUCUAUUACCAUAUUUAAAUGGUAUUGAUUUAUUUGAUAAAAAUUAUUGUCCAUUACCAAUGUUACAUCCAGUUAAUAUACAUGUUAAUUUCUCUUUUCCACAUGCUAUAGCAGCAGCAACUGCUGCAGCUGCUGCUGCUGCUGUCGCCUCUUCAGGACUUACAAAAACAAAUUCUAUUUUACCAUCCCAUCUUUUAACUAGAUCGAAAUUAGAAAGCAUUUCAAAUGGCUGGUAAAAUAAAAUUAUAUAUAUAUACAUAUAUUUAUAUAUAUAUGUA